AUGAAAUCACAGAACUAUUCAUUUGAACCAAUUGUUGUACCUGGAGUUGCAUUUUUGAGUACUGCUAAAAUUGCGAACCCCAAAGGGUGUUUUAUUGAAAAUGAAGAUAAAAAACGUCCAGUUCUUGUAAUUCAGGGCAAGGUCGAUGAAACAAGGGUCCAGAUUCCCCGCGAGGAACAGUUUUUGUCACCACUAGGUAUUUGCGAUCACUUACUCAUAUUACAACUGCGUCUCCCGUCGCUGAAUCACUUUGCUCUGGAACUCAUCAUAACUCAUCUGGGGAAUUCUCGUAUGAAACUAAUACUUGGCACACAUCUGAAGGAGACGCGGUGUGACAAGCCCGUUGGAAGAAUGCCAGUUGCCAUGUUGCCUUUGAUUAUUCCUCGUAAUCAGUGGGUUCAGGUAGUGUUUCAUAUCAAGGGAAUCGUAGACAAAAUAUUUAAUCUAUCGCCAUUCAAUUUUAUCGAUUCUGUUUCCUUCUGUGGAAACGCAAGGAUAGGGAUGAUGAUGUCUUCUAGUAGCGAGGAGCUUUGCCUUGAAAAAAGUCAGACCAAAAUGGCGGUUCUCUUGGUACCCGCGUACGGGCCCCCGGUUUGGUCGACUGCGGUGCCAACACCUAAAGAUGAUGUGCCAAAAGGGGUAUCCCACCUUUCUGAUUUACAGUAUGAUAAAUCUGACAAAAAAGAUAUGUUAAAAGAUAUUAAUUUCAAUCCUAACUGCCGAGCUUCCACGGACUCAAUAGGAAGCAUGUCUCGCGUAUUGUCGCCACUCCCAGAGUCAUCUUCAACUCUCUUAGCAUCAUCGGGAAAUCCGAACAUGGCUUCUACGACUUCAAAUAGUUCUUCCUCCUCAGGAUCGAAACGCUUGCCAGCUAUUACAAUGUUGGAUACCUCCAAAAAAACUCGAAAAUACUUUAGACUAAUCCAUACAGACGACAGCUCUUCUUCUAUACAUAAUAAACAAAACUAUCCAACAUUCGUGAAGCGCAGUCCGCAAGCUAUUUUCCUAGCAAAGGAAGCAGUGGAUCUUGGCACUGGAAAGACAGCAAUAUUGGGUGGCAAGCAAUCCAUUGAGGCGAGUUUUGAAAAUCCAGUUACCAGUUGGGUGAGUGAUAUCCACUCGUGCGAUAAAGAUACAGCAGGAGGUCUAUGUCGAUCCACAGGGAAAAAAGAUUCUUACAUGCCCAAGACACUCGUAGCGAGAGAAAGGAAUGUAUGCAAUUCGGGUAGCUCUCCGCAACAAAGUAAUAUUUUGGUACGGAAAGGAAGACCCCUGCGGAGUAAUGACCGCGGUGGUGAUAUAGAAAUUUCAUUAUCCAAUGCUAAGAAAAAACAACGUGAUAAACUUAGAAUGAGACUUCUACGUCAGAAUAAGGCAAAAAUGCCGAAGGAUUUACCAGAACCAAAACUAGCGUCUGAGGUUUCAAUCUACAGUAUUUAUAGUUCCUCAGAGUCUCCACAGGUUGAUGGUGCGGCUUGCUCAUUCUUUGGUGGGCCAAAGGUAGGAUAUGGUGUUGGUUACUUAGGUGUUUUAAAUGACGAAGGCGAGUACAUCGAUGACCAAGGUGUUAAUAUACGACUAAACAAGACUUUAGCGCUUGGGCCAUUCGAUGAUGACGAAUAG